AUGGCAAACAACAAAUCAAUAACAUCUAUUCGAACCACUACACAAGCUGAUACUAAACGUGUAUCAAACUUCUCCAAGGAUACAGCUGAAAAUCGGCGACGUAUUAAUAUGCAAAGAAUGCAAGAUGUCCUCCUCAUUUGGUUGGACGACAAUAUUAAUGAAAAUGAUGCUGAUUGUAAUAAUACAAUCAAACUAUUGAAGCGUGUAGUUAGCAACGUAAACACGUUUACAGAUGGUGAAGAAUGUGUGGACUUUAUUCAAACCAUUACCAACAACAAAAUAUGUAUGAUUGUAUCUGGUGAACUUGGAAAACAUAUUGUGCCUCAUGUACAUGACAUGUUCCAAGUAGACACCAUUUUGAUUUUUUGUAACAUUCAAGAAUGGCAUAAACAAUGGGUCAAAGAAUGGCCUAAAAUAAAAGGAGUCUUUACAAAUAUAACAUCAAUCUGUGAAGCUCUUAAACGAACUGCUCAUCAAUGUGAGGAAAAUGCUAUCUCAAUCAGCUUUGUGGCACCAAACACGAAAUUCGAUCAAUUAGAUCCAUCAUUUAUGUACACUCAGAUCUUGAAAGAGAUUCUAUUAACCAUUAAGUUCGAAAAUAAACAUAUUAAAGAAUUUAUUACGUAUUGUCGUGAAACCUUUGCCGAAAAUGAGCAUGAUUUACACAAUAUUGAAAAAUUGGAACGUGACUAUCAUAAUCAUAUACCUAUUUGGUGGUAUACUUAUGAAUGUUUUUUAUAUCGUACGCUCAAUUGUGCAUUAAGGUUAAUGGACGUUGAUAUUAUUCUUCGAAUGGGGUUCUUUAUGAAUGAUCUACAUCGUGAUAUUCAACGACUCCAUUCGGAACAAUUUCAUGGUGAACAAUCUAAUAAAACAUUUACAGUUUAUCGUGGACAAUGCCUUUCAAAAGAAGCAUUUACUGGAAUGACAAAAACUAAAUGUGGACUUCUUUCAUUUAAUAACUUUUUAUCGACUAGUAAAGACCGUGAUGUUUCUCUCUUAUUUGCACUACAAGCUGCUACAAAUCCUGAUCUUGUUGGAAUUUUAUUUGUUAUAUCAAUUAAUCCUACUCAUUCAACAACUCCAUUUGCUUGUGUUAGCGAUGUUAGUCAUUUUCAAAUAGAAGAUGAAGUUCUCUUCUCUAUGCAUACCAUUUUUCGAAUUGGAGAUAUUAAACCAAUGAAAGAAAACGAACAUGUUUAUGAAGUGAAUUUAACAUUGACUAAUGACAACGACCAAGAUCUUCGAACUCUUACUGAUCGCAUCCGACAAGAGACCUUUGCAGAUGAAAAAGGAUGGUAUAGAUUGGAAUUCUUACUGAUUAAAAUGGGUCAGUACAAAAAGGCUCAAGAAGUUUAUGAAAUGUUACUUCAUCAACAUACGAAUGAAAGUGACAAGGCACCUAUUUAUCAUCAACUAGGUCGAAUCAAAUAUAAUGAAGGAGAAUAUCAAGAAGCACUCUGUUAUUAUGAAAAAGCCCUUGUAGUUCGGCAACAAUCACUUACUCUCAAUCAUCCUGAUGUGGGAGAUUCCUAUAACAACAUCGGUGCCCUUGCGAUUCGACAACAAUCACUUCCUUCCAAUCAUCCUGAUUUAGGUGGUUCCUAUAACGAUAUUGGUAUUGUAUGUUACUGCAUGGGCAAUUAUUCAACAGCACUUUCUUAUCUUCAAAAAGCCCUUGCAAUUUGGCAACAAUCACUUCCUUCCAAUCACCCAUACUUGAGUACUUCCUAUAACAACAUCGGUAAUAUGUAUUACAGGAUGGAUGAUUAUCCAAAAGCACUUUCUUAUCAUGAAAAAGUCCUUGCAACUUGGCAACAAUCACUUCCUCCCAAUCAUCCUGAUUUGGCUCUGCCCUACGACAACAUUGGUGAGGUGUAUAAUAGCAUGGGUGAUUAUUCACAAGCACUUUCUUAUUAUGAAAAAGCCCUUGAAAUUCGACGACAAUUACUUUCUUCCAAUCAUCCUGACUUCGCUAUGUCCUAUAAUUACAUCGGUGGGGCGUAUUCCAAAGUGGGUGAUUAUGCAAAAGCACUUUCUUACUAUGAAAAAGCCUUUGCAAUCAAAGAACAAUCGCUUCCUUCCAAUCAUCCUGACUUCGCUAUGUGUUAUAAUAACAUCGGUGUGGUGUAUGAAAAUAUGGGAGACUAUUCAAAAGCUCAUUCAUUUUAUGAAUGUGCUGUACAGACUGGAGAACAACCGUUACCAGCAAAUCACCCUGAUCUUGAACAGUGGAGAAAAAACCUCGAAAAUAUAAAAAAGAAAUUAUAA